UAUUUUUUGACAACUGUCAAAAGUCUAAAAAUUUGAAAUUAUUGUGUGAUUUGUAACAACGUCCUCCACUUUAGCAAUAAUUAAUAUUUUUAGCAUGAUUUAUGAUCUUAAAUGGAGUUUAUUUAUCGAAAUUUCAAUACGAGUUGUUUUGUGGUGCAUAUUCUUAUGGAUUGAACACACGGAACCUUUUAUUCGCGAAAUUUCAGAAGGCGAAGUAUGGAAAUACAAAUAUCCUGUCACACCCAGCUACGUCACACCCACUGCAUUAUGGAUGACAAUAACAUUCAUUCCGUUAAUAUUUUUCACAACUGAGUAUUUUUUAACAAAAAAGUCAGACGAAACCGCACUUGCGGGGCUAGCAGUGACACUAGCCUAUUGUUUAAAUGGGUUUAUCACAACAUAUUUGAAAAUUAUUGUUGGCAGACCCAGGCCAGAUUUUUAUUACCGGUGCUUCCCUGAUGGUAAAGGUACAGAUUACAGAAACUGUAAUGGGAUUAGGAAAAGUUACAUGGAUGGUAGAAAGAGCUUUCCUAGUGGACACUCCUCAUUUUCAUUUACUUGUAUGGUGUUCAUGAGUCUAUACAUUACAAGAAAAUUUAAUUUAUAUCAAGGGAAUAUUAAAGGACAAUCCUGGCAACUUUGUAUUUGCAUAGUACCAUUAAUCAUUGCCGCUACAAUUGCUGUUAGUAGAACAUGUGAUUAUCACCACCACUAUGAAGAUAUUAUAGCAGGAGGCUUAAUAGGGACUGUGGUGUCUUACUUAUGUUUUAAACUGUAUUUUCCAAAAAGUAUUACUAGUGUAGAUUAGUAAUUUAUUUAUUAUUUUAAUUAGUUAGACACACUGUACUUAAUGUUUAUAAUAUUGUCAAUUCCACCCUCAAUAAUGUCACCUGGGUAAACAGGACCCAUUCCUGGUGGGGACCCCGUGAUUAUUAAAUCAUUAUUUUCUAA